AUGCUGCAACCUCGCUGUUUUAUGCAGGACCUCAUCGUAUCCUCAUCACCUGAAAAUUUCCUGAUAACAAGUAUGGGCCCUAAAGUAAGAGGAAGACGUGCCCCUAACAGGGAGACCCGCGAAGCCAAAAGACAAGAAGAUCUUGUGGAGGAUGAGCAAAUCUCUGAGCCAACUAGCAACUUGACAACUCCUUUUUUUGGACUUGUAGAUGCUAGUGAAAUCGAAUAUUUCAAGCUGGCCGAAUCGACUUUAAACGUUACGAGCUUUGAAUCUACGGAAGAAAGAGAUGCCUUCAUAAACUCUGUGCUUGAUGAGGCAAGUGGCAAGGAAUUGAAGCUUGUGACGAACCAGAUCUGUUCAAAAUUGAUGGAAAGAAUUAUCCUCUUCGGUGGUGAUCAACAACUCAUAUCAAUAUUUAAGCUGUUCAGCAAUCAUUUUGUAUCUCUUGCACACCACAAGUACUCUUCACAUGUGUUAGAGACUUUGCUAGUGAGAAUAGCAGGUCUUGUUGAAAAGGAAUUGGCCAGAAGUGCAGAAGAUGCUGCUGACCAAGAGGUUACUGUGGAGCACCUCUUCAUCACGAUGAUGCAGGAGUUUUAUCCUCACAUAAAUGAGAUGAUCACUCACCAAUAUGCAUCUCACGUACUCCGGCUACUCAUUCUCAUCUUGGCCAGUAAAAAACUUCCAUCUGCAUUGACUGCUAACUCUACCUUGAGAUCCAAAAAGUCAAAAAUUGCUCGUAAGAUGAUCGAAAUUAAAGACAACGAAGAUUUCGACCGCUCGUUCGAAACACCCCCAUCGUUCAAAGAUGAACUCAAAAAGGUGUGUAAAUGCAUCAGCGAGAAUAAGACCAUGAAAGAAAUGCGCGAGCUUUCCAUUCACAAAAUCGCUUCCCCAGUUAUACAGCUUGUGAUUCAAGUAGAAGGUCUAGUGGAUAAAGAACGUAGUGUUUGGCAUUUGGUGUUUCUCCCCGAACUGAAUUCCGAGGAUCCUCAAGAAGAAGCAUUCGUUGAACAUCUCUUAUCGGACUCGGUUGGAUCACACUUCUUCGAGUCUAUAAUCAAAAAUGGAGGUGCGAGACCAAAGUACAUUGAACGUUUGUACAAGCUCUACAUGAAGGAUCGUAUAAUGAAGCUAGCAAGGCGGUCUACUACCGGUGUCUACAUCGUUCAAGCACUCAUGUUUAAACUCAGACCUAAUGAGGUGGAGUUCAUUUUAGAUGAAGUCAUUCCCGAACUUUCAAAUCUUGUGUCGAUUGUGGAUAAUCAAAAUAUUGAUCUUGGAAGAUCAGUUAUUGAUGCCUCCAUCUCUCGCUCCAACUAUAGACGAGAUGACAUUAUUAGCCAACUUCUUUCAAAGUUUGCUCCCAACUUUAACCCCAAAAAUCCUUCGCAAAACGACAAUUAUGACUUAUUGGAAAACACCCUCCUUCUUUCGCUGUCUACUUUGGGCAACACCAGAGAUGACUGGCCUACUGCUGAAGAACGCAGAAACGCAUUGUUUCUUGAAAAAUUGCUUGACUACGAUACUUCGUUCUUGUUGGCGGUGUGGACCAGUUUUCUUGCCAUGCCAAAAGAACGGUUCUUGCAAAUGUGCUUUCAUGGUGUAUUCUCUCACGUCGUGGAGCAUGCAUUGGCAGUUAUUCCUGCUUCCAUUGGUGAGUCAAAAGAAGUUAAUAUUUUGAGGAAGCGCUUACUAAAUGUCUUCCAAGGUAGUAUCGUCAGCUUGGCAUGUAACGCUUAUGGGUCACACAUAGUCGACAAGCUUUGGUCAUUCACAGUCUUGAUGAAAAUGUAUAAGGAACGGUUUGCAACUGAAAUGAAGGCUGAGUCUCAUAAGGUGAAGGAAAGCACCUAUGGUCGCCUAGUUUGGAAGAAUUGGUCGAUGGAACUUUUCUUGAGAAAAAAGUACGACUGGAGUCAAUUGAUCAAAGUUCAGGAUGAGGAAUAUCAUAACGAAGGUGCAGAGGCUGAAACGGAGAGGGUGAAAAGGCCGAUAGAAUUGAAAAUGGAGCAGUUGGCCAAGAAGAACGAGAAAAGCUCUCUUGAUUCUACGAAUAACGAUGAAAGAAAUAAACGGCAACGGAUUCGUUAA